AUGCUGUACCACGCAUCCUUGAGAUGUAGCCCGCCCUCUGCCACUCAUCCUCUGCCACUCAUCCUCUCCUACUCAUCCUCUACCACUCAUCCUCUGCCACUCAUCCUCUGCCACUCAUCUUCUGCCACUCAUCUUCUGCCACUCAUCUUCUGCCACUCAUCUUCUGCCACUCAUCUUCUGCCACUCAUCUUCUGCCACUCAUCUUCUGCCACUCAUCUUCUGCCACUCAUCUUCUGCCACUCAUCUUCUGCCACUCAUUAUCUGCCACUCAUCUUCUGCCACUCAUCUUCUGCCACUCAUCUUUUACCACUCAUCUUCUGCCACUCAUCCUCUGUCACUCAUCCUCUGCCACUCAUCUUCUGCCACUCAUCUUCUGCCACUCAUCUUCUGCCACUCAUCUUCUGCCACUCAUCUUCUGCCACUCAUCUUCUGCCACUCAUCUUCUGCCACUCAUCUUCUGCCACUCAUCUUCUGCCACUCAUCUUCUGCCACUCAUCUUCUGCCACUCAUCUUCUGCCACUCAUCUUCUGUCACUCAUCGUCUGCCACUCAUCUUCUCUUUGGAGUGCUCAUGCUGGUCGUGUUUACCGGACGCCCACCAUUUGUGGAGGCUGAUGAAGUGGGUCAGCUGGUCACAAAAUGGGCGUCGGACUGCCUCUCCUCGGGGGACUUGGACAGCCUCAAGCACCCCACCAUGGACGCCCCUGCAGAUGCUGUGAUGCGUGUGGUUGAGCUCGCCCUCUCCUGCACCGCAGAGCGCACUGCAGCCCGCCCAAGCAUGGCACAAGUCGCCAACGAGCUGCAGGCCAUCCGGGAGGAGGUCGUGGGGAAAGAGGAGCUGAGCGCGGCAGUGAAGGUGGAUGAGCAGGUCCAAGAGAAGGAGGCUGUUUCCACUGCGUUAAGCCUCGACGAACAGCUUCGCUUUCUUGAUGACAACGAAGGAUAA